AUGGCUGAGUGGCUGGAAAUGGUGAAGGGGGAGCGCCAUCUCUUCCCUUUUUCCGAUGAUCCCUCGGUGAUGAAACAAAUACUGUCAACCCAUGCACCUGAUGGACAAGAGAUCGACGUUAAAACCCUCGUGCUCCUGAUCGACGACAUCCUGAAACAAGCUACCGUUGCGACAGUCGGGCUUUCUCUCAUAAAUGUAGAGGCAGUGGAGGUUAAGGCUCACAACUCAGGAAUGAUGGGAGUGCAAGAAGCCUUAGCACACACCAUCCACAAGAUUGCAUGCCAGGUAUCGUGCGAGUGCUCAAGAGAUGGGGAUGCACAUGCAACUGCAUUGACAUUGUUUAACUCACUAAGCAAUUAUUCAUGGGAAGCAAAGGUGGUCUUAGUAAUAGCUGCAUUUGCUUUGAGCUAUGGAGAAUUCUGGCUCAUUGCACAAUUGUCCAUUAUAAAUCCUCUUGCCAAAUCAAUUUUGUUGGUUAAGAAAUUUUCAGACAUACACGAACACGCCGAGACAUCGGAGCCACGAUUUGAGGCUCUCGUUUCCUUGGUUAAGGCGAUGCUUGAUGUGACCAAAUGCAUCAUAGAGUUUAAGGAUUUGCCUGAGGAGUAUAUCAACUCUUAUACUCUGGCAAGGACUUUGGCCAUGAUGCACAUUCCUUCUGCGGUGUAUUGGAUCAUAAGAAGUGCGGUGGCCUGCGCAGCGCAUAUCAUUGGCCUGAUAGGGAGGGGACAGAAUUAUGGAGUUUCGACUGUGGAGACUUUGGAACUAUGGAGCUUGGCACAUACGGCCAACAACAUUUAUGGUCAUCUGACAAAGCAAUUGAAGCACUGCCACCAGCAUGUAGGUGUGGAUGUGUUGAGAGAGAAGUUGGUGAUUAUCUCUCUCUCAGACCUGGAGAUAGCCCAUGAUGAAGUACAAGUUCUCAUGAACAUUUACAAGGACACAGACCGCAGCAAGUUAGAGAGGCCUUAUGAGGUAGUUUGGGUCCCUAUAGUGGAUAGAACAGCUCCAUGGAAUGAAGCAAACGAGAACACAUUCAAUCGUUUGGCAGCCGAAAUGCCUUGGUAUUCGCUGCAUCACCCUUCUUUACUCGAACCAGUGGUGUGGAGAUAUAUUAAGGAAGCAUGGCAUUUUGAGAAGAAUCCAUCGCUAGUGGUCUUAGACAACCAAGGAAGGGUUGUGUGCCCUAAUGCACUCCACAUGAUAUUGAUUUGGGGAGCAACAGCUUACCCUUUCUCAUCUACUAGAGAGGAGUCUCUUUGGAAGGAAGAGACAUGGAGAUUGGAGUUUUUAGUGAAGGAACCAAGAAUUAUUUGCUUGUAUGGUGGCGAGGACAUCGAAUGGAUUCGGGCAUUCACCACUUCAACAAAACGCAUCAUACAAGAAACUCGUGUCCCGAUCGAAAUGGUGUAUGUGGGCAGCAGCAAUCCAAGAAAAAGGAUAAGGAAAAUAAUCAGUACGAUAAUCCAGGAGAACCUCAGUGUAUAUUGGUCAGACAACAAGAUAGCUUACUUUUGGGUACGCAUACAGAGUAUGUGGCACUCCAAGAGGCAUCAUGGUAGUACCAUCGAGAAUGAUCCCAUAGUCCAAGAAAUCAUGUCCAUGCUUAGCUUCGAUGGGAAUGGGGACGGUUGGGCCCUUAUGAGUACAGGCUCUACAGACAUGGUGAAGACUCCAGGAAAGAAAUUAAUGGAAUGUUUAUCACAUUUCGAUACAUGGAGGGCUAAUGUUACAGGCGUGGACGCUUUCGUUCCAGCUCUCCGAGAUGCUCUUUUGCAACACCAUAAAGCAGAGCACUGUACUCACCUUGUUCUUCCUGACACCACUGGUCCUGUCCAAGAGAAGGUGGUUUGCACAGAGUGUGGGAAACAAAUGGAGAAGUAUGUUCUCUAUCGUUGUUGCAUGGACUAGGGAACUCAUGGAAUGGAAUUAAUAAUACUUAGGUUUGUGUGUUUAUUUUUCACUAUGAUUGUGGUGGC